AUGUCCGAGGCACUCCGCAAAGAUUUCCACACCAAGGCCGGGGAGAAGCUGACCCCCGACUCCUCCAAGUCCACCCUCGACAAGACCAAGGAGUCCCUCACUGGCACCGGCGACAAGAUCGCUCGCGAGUCGCAGCCUGACUCCGAGAAGACCACUGCCCAGUCCCUAGGCGACAAGGUCGGCCGCACAAAGGACAACAAUGUGCACGGCUCCACCCAUGAGUCCAUUGGCGACAAGGUCAAGGGUGUGUUCGGCGCUGGCAAGCACUAA